GCUAAGUGCUCUUAAGCAUUCACGUAUUGUUUAUCUUCUAUUUCAUCAAAUUUCCAAAUUAAGAGUUAGUUCCCUAGGUAACAACUGACACAUGAUUUAUUUAGCUGCCAGUUGGCACGUCAAUGCUACCAAUUAUGACUGAAAGAAAAGAUCAGCUCGUCACAGAGACCAAACCGAUAUCGAAGGUCUCACGGAUGCGAGAACUCGAUUGAAAACGUGUACAAGAAGUCAAUCCAAGCGCAGGUUGUAAGUCCGUUUCACCGUGCUAAGCAUCUCGUCGCUGUUGAUGAUGCUUCGUCCGUCCUUCCUCUUUCUAAUCCUCGUACAACUGACUCUAGUUACGGCCUUCUUCUCACGGCCCUGUAGUAAAACCAACUGCGGAGACUGCGCCAGGUCGAGCUUCCUGUUUGUAUCAUGUAGAUGGUGCAAGAGGGAUAACAAGUGCCAUGUACCAGGCGAUGUUGCAACGAACCCUUGCAAAGCAGCGGAAAAUAUUGUGGAGAAAUCUCACUGUGCUGACGAAUUUUCAAGCUACAAUCCUGAAUUAUCCCUGAAGAUGUUGUAUCUCUCGGCAGUAGCGUAUGACCAGUCUAAUAACCUGGCACAUCAACAGCAAUGCCUCGACAAUGCUCUCACAUCUGACAAAUUCCAACUUCAGACUGUGAUUACGAAGACCUGUGAUGCUGCUGGUCAUGAUUGCUCUGGCUAUGUUGCUAUCUCACAUACCUUGAAAGCUAUUGCGGUCGCCUUUCGCGGUUCUAAGGAUUUUAAUCAAGUGGUAAAACAAAUUUUAGAAAUCCUACUUUCCCCCAAAACGCGAUUUCUGGACGGCGAGGUUCAGAGCUACUGGAAGAGAGGUUUCGAUGUGUUAUGGCCCAGCAUGAAGACGGAAGUGAACACUCUCGUUUCGCAGAAUCCAUCGUAUCAGAUCUGGGUCACGGGGCAUUCCUUAGGAGGGGCAAUGGCUUCGUUGGCAAGUACUUGGCUCGCUUAUCACAACAUAGCUCCUCGUAAGAACAUCAUCUUGUACACGUUUGGCAUGCCUCGGGUUGGUAACUAUGACUAUGCUCUGCAACACGAUCAACUGGUCAACAACAGUUGGAGAAUUGUUAAUGACAAUGAUUUGGUUCCUCAUUUCCCCAGUGUAGUUUCUGUCAGCAUUUUAAACGGUCCUUAUCAUCACGGAGUGGAAGCUUUCUACAGCCAAGAAGCUACCAGCGUGUAUUCCCCACACAAAGAAUGUCACGGCAAACCGUACAACGAAGAUGCUACAUGCAGCUUCUCCAAAGGGAUCACAUCCGAUUCUAUCGAGAAACACAAAACAUACUUCAGCAUUCCUGUCGGAACAUUCUGGGAAACAGACUGUGUACCCCAAACUCGCAAGAGGCGCGAAGAAUCAUCAAGA